AUGAGAUUUGUUUUGUUACUGGGGAGUGUGCUGUCAAGCAUAUUUUUAUCUGUACCUGAUCUUCAGAGAAGUGAUUUGGCAAGCAAGGAUGCUUUUCUUGUGUAUAUAUACUACUCGCGACCUAACAUGAGCUGUGCAGCCUGCGAGGUGUUUAACAAGAAUAUUUUUGAGUUGCAGAGAUACAUACCAGUUAAGAAGAUAAACUUUUUUGAGAAGCCAAGGCUGGGGUCGAGCUUCUACACUUUUUUGUUUCCUUCUUUUGUUGUACGAGAUGGAGGGCGAAGCUAUCACUUGCCAGUGGAUGAUUAUGCAAGCUUGGAAGCAAUUGUGCGAGAAAAACGAUGGAAUGAGUUUGAAGCGACUGGACGAUUGAUGGAUGUUGAUUCUUACUUUAUAAAAGUGUAUGCUGCUGCCAAUCAUGUGUUUUUUGUAUUGAUGCAGCGAUCUUACAAGAUUAUUGAUGCGGUACCUGGAUGGAUUGUGUCGCUAGGGUUUAGUGGUGCAAUUGCAUACAUGUUAUAUUGUAUAUGUAUUAUUUUUGUGAUUCCUGGCGAGAAGGAAAAGAGGGAAUAA